AUGAAGAAAAUGGGAAGGGCUCCAUGCUGUGAGAAAGUGGGGCUGAAGAGAGGGCCAUGGAGCCCUCAAGAAGACCAAAUUCUCAUCAAAUUCAUUCAACAAAAUGGGCAUUCCAAUUGGAGGGCACUUCCCAAAAGAGCUGGACUGUUACGGUGCGGGAAAAGUUGCAGGCUUCGAUGGAUCAAUUAUCUAAGGCCAGACCUUAAACGAGGAGAUUUCACUCGUGAAGAAGAGGAAACGAUUAUAAACUUGCAUAAGUUGUUGGGAAACAGAUGGUCGAUGAUUGCAGCAAAGUUACCUGGAAGAACAGAUAACGAGAUUAAAAAUGUUUGGCACACUUCUUUGAAGAAGAGAUUAAACCAAAACCAAACUCGAGAAGAUCACACCGAGCUAAACAAGAAUGACAUCCCUUUUCAAGAUCAACCACCAUGUUCAUCGGAUAUCAAAUCAGACGGAGAGGAAAAUGUUGAUCAUUGUACUAAGAACAACGAUGAUGAUAAUGAUACCAGACUCGAAGAGCUUGCUUUUGCAAAAGAUUUCUUAGAAAAUUUAUUUUCGGAAGAAGAAAUUUUUCCGAACAAUUGUAAUAUGAUAAAAAAUGAUGAUCAAUCACCAAAAGAAGUUGAAAUUUCUUCGGACACAGUUGAUAUCAUGGAUUUUUGGAGAGGUGUUUUUAUGAAAGAUGGUGAGUUACCCGAGCUACAAGAAAUUAAUAUAAUAUAAAAAAAAAAA